CCCACAUAACAGCCACCAUGUAUGAACAAGUAAACCUUCAAUGUGCACCUAUUUAAUCCGCUUGGAUGGUCACUAUUAUGCUAAAUGCCAUCUUUUUCAUGCGUGACCGUCGAAAAUGAAUCAUUUAAGCCCUUCAUUUUUUUUUAUUUUUUUGUAAAUAUGUAAACAAAAACUUUCUUAUCAAAUACAAUGUCAAGUGAACCUUUGACAUUAGAGCAACUGUUAGAGGCUCACAAGGAAGAGCAAAAACAACUCACCUCAAAAAUCAUUGGUUUACGUAAAGGUGUACCCAAAAGCAACAAACAGAAAAAACGAGAAGUCAAUUCACGUAUUGCUGAUUUAGAAUAUGAUUUAAAAAAGAAACAGGACGAAGAGAUUAGAGUGUUGAAAGCGGUAGAAGCUGGUAUCGACCCUCACGAAGAACCCAUGGACGACGGUAUUUCGUUAGACCGUCUAGACGCAUUAACCUUGGAUGAAGUGACUGACACGGCUGAACCGGUGAAAGAGCAACCCAAGAAAAAAGUCAACAGAGCCAAGGCAAAAAUUGAAAAGCGAAAUGCAGAAAUGGAGCGUUUACGACUGGAAGCCAUUAAGGAAUCCGAGAACCAGGUUGACCUUGGUGUUAUGGAGACGGAAGCUAUCACGAAACUAAUUGCACCCAUGAACUUACGGAUAAAGCAAAUUAGUGCUGAUGGUCACUGCUUAUAUAACGCUUUUGCUGACCAAUUGAGAACGAGACAUGAAGAGAAUGUGGAUAAAAAGGAACUUCGUCAGUCAGCGGCUGAGUACAUGCGUCAAAACCCAGAUGAUUUUGUACCGUUUUUGUACCUGGAAGACGGCAAUUUUGAAAAGUAUUGUAACGAUGUGGAGCACACAGCUUGUUGGGGAGGACAGUUGGAGAUCGUCGCAUUGGCUAAAUCCAGAAAAGUUCCUGUCGAUGUGAUCCAGAUGGGCGGUCCUACCAUUAAAAUUUGCGAUGAUGAAUACCCCGACAAAACACCCAUCAAAUUAGCUUACCAUAAGCACCUCUUUUCAUUGGGUGCUCAUUACAAUUCCUUGAUUGACCAAUAAGACCAUCUACCGCGAUUAUGUUUCCUCCAUUCAUUGUCCUUUAUUUUUGCGUAAUUUAAUUAAAAUCUUGAAAUUUAUCAAAGUCCACAAUCUCAAUUGUUAUAAAAAGAGACACCAUUGUCCU